CGCUGCCUGGCUCUGGCUCCGGUGCUUCCAAUUGGAAGGCGCCAGUUGUAAAGCGAAACUCGUCGCGAGCGGUUGUGGUCGGAGCGUCGUUCUGUCGUCGUCAGCGUCGUUUACCAGCAUUUUGCGUAAAUUUAUAAUUGUACGUUAGACGUGCUCUAUGCAAAUGCGGAAAGCGCGUGUUGGGGCUUUUAAAGUUGUUAACAUUAAAUCUGCAAGUCAUAAAAAAGCAGCCUGAAGACUGCCAGAAAAACGUCGCACAGUAAUAAUAAAUAUCCUGCUGUCAUACGCAAAAGCCUAAAAAAAAAAACACAUAAACUCGCGCGAAUUUUGCGACGCGGCGCGCUUUUGUGACGCUGACUGCGCUGCUAGGCUUUGUCUUCUAAUUGGAAUUGCAUUGAUUGAAUAGCAGCGCCGCCGACGUUGACGUUAACGUUGACGUCGACGACAAACGGUUAACGCUUGCUGCUCGCCGGUUUGCAAACAAAAAGUGUGACCAAAGUGCAUUGAAUUUCAAUUUGAAAAGUGAUUUUCCGCCUUCCUCGUGUUAUUGUUUUUGGCCGAUCAUCUUUGGCGUUAUUUUUAAUUGAAUUUCAUUACACACACUCAAGCGAAACCCCCACGAGAUUUAUAUGUGUGUGCGUGUAUGUGCGCGCGCGUGUGUGUGUGUGUGUGUGUCUGCAUAAUGUGACCAGCUAAAAGUACAAUAAAUAAAGGAUAAAUUCACGCAGCGUGCAACCAUAUAUUAAAUAAUUAAAUAUAAACGAUUUGGCGAUGAAAAUUGUCUGCAUUUAACAGAAAAAAGGUAUGUGCAGCCCGUUCGCCGUGUUUGUUUAUCGACAGGUGCCGCAUAAAUCGCACGAUUUGUCCAACUGAUAUAGAAAAAACUAUGCCAUAGAUUCCUAGCAGACACCUAGCUAAGCAAGUGAACAAGGACUAGAACUCUGUCAGCAAUGACGUCCAAUAACUGGUGAUAUUGCAUCACACUCACCUCAAAUCAACCAUAAGUAACUCAACAGCAGCAACAACAACAGCAACAAGGAAACUGAGGCGGCCGUUGAGGUCCACGUUAACAACCAACAAAAUGGAAACCGACACACACAGCAACAACAACCACAGCAGCAGCAACACAACCAACUCACACACAAAGUGGCGACAGGACAGUAAACCUCCUUCCCUGACACCCUGGCCGACAGCGUUGUCCUGGCUGCCGGCGCACCUUCUCCCGCUGCUACUGCUGCUGCUGCUGCUGCUACCUGGCAGCACAGAUGCCUUCUGCCCCUCGAAGUGCCAAUGCCUGGGCGGCGAUGCAAAUAGUCGCGCCCUGUGCGUGGAUGCGGCGUUGGAGGAUGUGCCCAUUCAGCUGAAUCCGGAAACAAAGUACAUAAACCUCACGCUGAAUCGCAUACGCAAUCUGGAGUUCACGCUGCCCUUCUACAUGAAGCUGGAGGUGCUGGAUCUCUCGCAAAACAUCAUCGAAACGCUGGGCUCCAAGAACUUUGAAUACCAGACGGAACUGCGCACUCUGAACUUGAGCAGGAAUCUGGUCAGCGCCCUGCACAAGCACGCCUUCAAGGGACUAACGAAUCUACUGCUUCUGGAUCUUAGCUACAAUCGCAUUGAGACAGUGCAUCCCACGGCGCUGGGCGAUCUCGCGGCGCUGGUGGAACUAGACUUGACCAACAACAAUAUUGUCAGCCUGGAGGAUAACUGUUUCAAGGGCAUGUUGUCGCUGGAGGUGCUCGUCUUUCGCAACAACCGGCUGCUAGAUGUGCCCGCUAGCAAUCUGUGGCAUCUGCAUGCGCUCAAGAGCCUGGACAUGUCCGAUAAUCUGGUCGAGUACGUGCGAAACGAUAGCUUUGAAGGCCUCAAAGAGCUGCUGGCUCUAAGCGUGCGCGGUAACGUAAUGAGCGAGCUGGAUGUGGGCGCCUUUGAGGGACUCAUCUCGCUGAAGCACUUGGAUCUAUCGGAUAACAAUUUGACGAUGGUACCCACCCAGCAGCUCUCGAAACUUUCAAAUCUCACUUAUUUGAACUUGGGCGGCAAUCGCUUUGCCCACUUGCCCGCCGUCGCAUUUUUAAACUUGUUUCAUUUGCGCGAAUUGCACUUGAGCCGCCUGGACUAUUUGCAGCGCAUCGAUUCAAGAGCCUUCGUGGACAACACGCAUCUGCAGACGCUCCACCUGAACUUCAAUCCCCAACUGAGCGACAUACCCAUGCGCCUGUUCCAAGGCAAUCCCAACAUACUGGAGGUGUACAUGCAGAGCAACAGCUUGCAGACACUCUACUCGGCCCAGUUUCCGGUAGACCAGCUGCAGAAGCUAUACCUGGGCGACAAUCCGCUGCAGUGCAACUGCUCGCUGCUCUGGUUGUGGCGCCUCGUCACCGGCAACUUUGAAGGCUCUGAGCCGCCGCUGGAGCAUGCACAAGGCGGAGCUGUGGCCGCGCUGGCCAAGGAGGCAUCGCUUGGCAGAGAGGAGGAUGACACGACGCUCAAGUCGGAUGACGGUGUAUCUGCCCUGGCGGCCUAUAUAGCUGAGCAGCACAUUGCGAAUGCGCUGCAAACCACCGAGCCGAGUGCGUACGAACAACGUCUGGAGGCGGCCGCUAGCUCCAGCUCGAGCAGCAGCUCGGGUUACCUGCGCAUGGAUAAACAGCAGAUCGGGUGCGAUAUCUGGCGAGACGCAGUCCGCACGCGGCGCCAGCUAAUGACAAUGAGUGAGAGUGAAAUCACCUGUCCGGCGCACAUUGUGACCGUGGUGUGUGCGGUGAUCACCAGCCUCCUGGUGCUCAUGAUCGGCGUCAGUGUGCUCUACUAUCUGCGCUUUGUGAAGCGCCGGCGCAAGCUGCUGCACGAGCGCGGCCCGCUGCGGACCAGCAAGAGCAUCAUCAAUGUGCACGACCGCAUACUGCAGGGUCAUCAUCAGCCGCUGGGCGGUGGUGCCGGCAUGAGCAUGACGUUGGGGGGCUCCGGGGCUGGUGGCUUGGGCAUGGCGCUAAACUAUCCGCAUCAUGCCCAAACGCUCCAGGCGCAUCAUCACUAUCAUCAGGCGAUGCCACUGCAAGCGCAUACCGGGGGCGGACACCACGAGUAUCAGCAGACGACACUGCCACAGCUGGACAAGCUAGAGCUGGAGCGCUAUCUGGCGGCACAGACCAUUGCCAACGAGUACCGAGCUCUCAAGCCCUGGGAACUGCCCGUCAAGGAAGCUGACGAUGAGCCGGAGCAUCUGUACGAGCGCUUCGAUCACUACGAGUACCCGGAUACACACACCAUGACCAAGCUGAAGCAGGCGGCCGCGCUUCAAGGCAACGCUGUGGCGGCAACCGCAUCCGCCGCUGGCGCUGGCACCAAGCCACAUGUGGUCUACGUAUGACGUGGACGUGGCGGUGCUGGCGUUCAGAAGCAACAGAAGCAGCUGGACUUGGGCAUGGAGCUGGUGGGCCUCGGUCUGACCAACAACAACUAUCGCAGCUAUGCGCAGUGCCAGACCAAGGACAGCGCCCACUUUUGAAAACAGGGAAAUUCGCAGCGGAUGCGUGUGUGCGCCACUCAAAAAUGAGGUUAGGUUUUGUGUUUAAGUGAGUUUAUGUUUAGAUGUCCUUAAUUUUUGAGUUUAGAUUCGAGUUUGAGUUGAAAACGUGAAUUUGAUAACUCGCAACAAAGUUUAACAAGCGUCAAAUGAAACAAGGGAUAUAUCUACGUGUAUAGCAGCAUACUAUAAUAUUAUUAGCAUUUAAAAUAUAUAUACAUAUAUAUAUAUAUAUAUAUUGAAUAACUAAACCUAACAGAUAUGUCAUAUUAAGCACUAAGCUAACAUACAAAUUCAAAGAAAUAUUAAUAUUAGCGAUAGUUGAAAUUCUCUCUAUUUCUCACUCUCCCACAGCGAAAGUAAAGCUAAGCAAGAAAUCUCCACAGGGAGACGCCCACUCAUAGUUAAAGGCAUUCAGCAUUCUAAUGAUAAAUAGAAUAUAGUUGUUAGGCGCAUUAAACAGAAUUUAAUAAACAUAAAUAGAGAGCGUAAGGAACGACAAUUGCAUUGCAAAGAGCGUGAAGAGUGCAACAAAUAACUUAGUUAACUAUUUAUUCUUAGUUCUUAUUGUAUAUGCGACAUUUUUGAUAAAACUCUUAAGUUUAAAUUUAAUUUCUUAGCUUGACAAAGCAUUAGUUGGGCCAGUAACUAAAUGGAAUGUAUUUCAAUAUUGGCAACUGGUGCAAAACGGGGACCAAAAACAGUCCAUUUUUUCAAAAUUCCGAUCCAGAAACAAAAUGCACAUGAAUAUUAUGCCAGAAAUGCCAGACGAACUUUAGUUACAUGCAACAGCUAAUGUCGCGCUCAAUUCUAGCAGAUUUUUUUCAAAAUUAAACAAAUAUAUAUAUAUUAAACAAAUAAACACAAAUAAGAUGACAAUAUAUAAAAAGUGUAAACUUAAGCGAAAUUCAAUUUAAUAUAUUUUAUUUUUUGGGAAGUUGCGCUGAGCAGCGCUCAAACUCAAAGUUGGCCUAACACAUAAUCAAAAUUGAUUUGUAAAUAUAAAAAAAGAAAAUAAAAUAAAAAGAUAAAUAAAAACUCGACUCAAGCACAAACUAAGCAUAUUUUGCAUACAUUUUGUACAUAAUUUAUUCUUACAUUUAAACUUAGUCAAACGCAAACAUGUAUAUUAAUAAAAAGUGAAAAAGAGAAAAAGCCAAGAUAUGAAGCAAAAGUAAAAUGCAACAAUGCGCAUAUAAAAGCAAAUUAAAUGAAAAGAAUUUACAAUAUGUUGUUAUUUUCAGUUCUUUAGCUUGCAAAAUUUGUUGGCACCAUAAUUUACUCGUAAUUGCAUGCGUGGACAGCAAAGCAAAUAGAAGCCCCACUGGAACUACAAUUUGCAUAAAAAUAGUUCCGAAUAAAUAGAAAGACAAAACAAUCUGAAAUCAACAAAUGCAUAUAAAAAUAAACAACAUAAAAUAGAAAAACCAUAAAUUAAGGUAAAUCAAAAGCAAAGAGCUGAGCAAAUGCAACUAAAAUGCAUUUGUUUGAUUCAGUGCGAGGAGAAUUGAAACAUAAAUAAAACCAUCAAAUGUGUGUGUAUAAAACGAUAGCAGGCAUGCGUAAGUUUAAAUAAUAAUAUAUGCUAAAGUAUUUAAUUAAAUUAUAUAUAUGAUAGACACUGGAAAUUGCGGCAACAACAAAAUUCACAUACACAAAUACAAACAAAAUGUUAUUUCUUAUACGAAGACUGAAGAAAACGAUGAUGCAAAAUAAAAAUUGAAAAAAAAGCUAAGAAAUGCAAUAACUUAAUAAGUUUUUCUUUCAUGUUCUUUCAUGUUCCACAGCAACUAAAUAUGACUUAAGUCUGGGCAGAGAACCAUGAGAAUGGAAAUCAGUCUUUGGCAAUAAAUUAGUUAGGCAAUGCUCUUAAGAUAUGAAACAAAUAUGUAUCUUUUUUUUGCAAAUAUACCUUAGAAGAUAAUUAUUAUUCUGAAAAUAAUUACGAUA